AUGGCGGCAGUGCGACUGGCAUGGUUUCCCGACGAGUCGGAGAAUUAUUUUGUAACUCCUCAGACCUCGGAGGAGGACAUUUUUGUAACACCUCCGACCUCGGAGGAGGACGUUUUGGUAACACCUCCGACCUCGGAAGAGGACGUUUUUGUAACUCCUCCGACGUCGACUGAAUCACCCGCACCGGUCGAAGAGGCAAGCGUCGCUCCUGUUGCAGCGGAGCAGGGCGGUGCGGCUCGAGCAGCAUCUGCGCCCUUCACCGUUACUGUGGAGAAACCGGUCAUACCCGAAGUGUACGCCCCGACGUCGACUGAAUCACCCGCACCUGUCGAAGAGGCAAGCGUCGCUCCUGUUGCAGCGGAGCAGGGCGGUGCGGCUCGAGCAGCAUCUGCGCCCUUCACCGUUACUGUGGAGAAACCGGUCAUACCCGAAGUAUACGCAAACACGAACGCCUCGUGGCUGGCGGAUCAAAUUAAGUCACAGAUGGGAGGCAUUACGCAAGUGUAUACGGGCUCGAUUCACGACGACUUCCAAGUUGAGAGAAACCUGUGGGACAUGACCAGAACGAAAAUAUGCCUGGUCAGAGCAAAGGGGGAGAAUGGUAAGCUCACGGUGAUCAAGCAGCAUAGAUACCAAGAAGAAGAUCGCAUACGCAGCCGAGACAGACUGCUGCGUGAAAUGGUCAUUCAUAGGAUAGUGGAGGACGACAAUUGCCCGUUCAUCGCGCGCCUUGCAAAUCCACUAUGCCUUUAUCAUUUCAAGCAUGACUCCAGCUACGGCUUCCAAAUGGAGUACUUACCGAAGCGUGACCUGUUCGAAGUAGUCGCCAGCGUCCCGCCGCACGAACGCCUCCGCCUGCUGAGAGAUGCAGCGAAGGGUCUCCGUUACAUUCAUUCACUGGGAAUUGUUCACAUUGACCUCAAAAUGGAGAAUAUCGGCGUGAAUGUUGGACCGAAUAGGAAGCUCAUUGCAAAGCUAAUCGACUUCGGAGCUGCCAAAGUCAUAGGGCAAAUGAUACGACCUGGAAGACACAUCGGCAACACAUGGCAGUACACUUGUCCGGAAUUAACCUGCGGAAAGCCGGGUGAACUCACUGAGCUUAGUGCAGCCACCGACAUGUGGUCCUUCGGGGUCCUGACAGUGUGCGCUAUGUCGCAAUAUCAAGAGCCUCCGUGGAAAUUAGCCUCCUUGACCGACCGGGAUUUCGACUUCUUUUUUCACCAUCUCGUUGCCAUCUGGCCACAGUCGUUCCGCUUGGAACCGCCUUCCCUGAGGUUCUCGAAGGACGAGUUCAACCACCUCUCGCCCUUCGUGAAUUUCCUUGUCACGAACCUACUCCGCAUAGACCCGGAACGACGCUUCUGCGCCCGUGCCGUUGUCGAGGUGUUGGAUGAAGAACUACCGUACAUUCUGCCUAGACGCCAGCACUGA